AUGGAGGUGAACUUGUUACGUGAGCUGAACCACCCUCACAUAGUCCGUUUUCUACACCACAUCGUUGACCGGCGCACCACCACUCUCUAUAUUUUAAUGGAGUACUGCCCUGGAGGUGACUUGAGACAGCUCGUUAACAAAUGCAAGAAAACCGGUUCGUUUUUACCUGAAGACUUCAUCUGGAAGGUUCUGAAGCAGAUAUGCGAAGCCUUGAAAACAUGCCACACCUUCAGACGCACCACCACCACCACCACCACCACCACCACUGCCAGGUCAAAGGUCAUCCUUCACCGGGACAUCAAGCCUGCUAACGUGUUUCUGGGGCCCGGCGGAGAGGUCAAGCUGGGUGACUUUGGCCUAGCGCGAACUUUGACCUCUGACCUCUCUUUUGCUACCAGUGUUGUGGGGACCCCGUACUACAUGAGUCCUGAGGUGGUCGAAGGUCAAGAAUACAAUGACAAGAGCGACAUGUGGUCAUUGGGCUGUUUAAUAUACGAGCUGUGUGCCCUGCAGCCGCCCUUCAUGGCAGCUACCCACGCCCACCUGGCAGCGAAGAUAAAGGAGGCCAGGUACCCGCCAAUCCCAGUGCACUACACCUUAGAACUACGAGAACUACUUGACGAGCUCUUAACACCGCAGUACUUCAUGCGACCUUCGGCUCUUAUGCUCUUGCACCACCCUUCUCUCACCUCUCGCUUCCCUCCUCUUUCCCACGCCUUUUCCCUCUCCCUCUCUCAUGCUGGAGGGAGAGAGGAGGUGGAGAAGGAAGAGGCGGCAAGAGGAAUGAUUCAAGGAGAUGGGGAGACUGAAAUUUGUGGAAGAGAGAGAAGAGGAGAGGAGGAGGAGGAAGAUAAGAAGAGGAAGGUGGAAGACGGAGAAAGGUCUAACAAACAGGAAAAUUCACCAAACUUUCCAAGCCUGCCAGACACGCCACACACCUGCCCCAGCAACACUGACACCACACCUGCACCCACACACCUUUCAGCUACCUACCACAUCCCCACCACACCUCUGGACGCACAGGGGGGGCGGGGGAGGGUGUUUGUGCAAAGGUGUGACGGAAACGGCGUGGCGAGAAUAUUUAGUUUCAAUGAGAGAGAAGGAAGUUUUAAUGAAAGAAAGGGAGAUUGCGGUGAGGGAGAGGGAGAGAGAGGUCAGUGAGAGGGAGAGGAAGGUCGUAGGUAUGGAGAGGGAGGUCACUGCAAGGGAGAGAAGGGUUGUGGCCAUGGAAAAAGAGGCCAGAGAACAUUUAAUUCGCGCGCAAAUAUUUCUCAAAAGCGUGCGAGGGAGGAAGGUAAACAAAGAUGCUAAGGUUACUGAUGGGCCAAAAUUUUCGGUCGAUAGGGAAGCAGAGGCGAAAUUUGAAAGAAAGUUGACCUGCAGGAGAGAUUUGAGUGGCAGAAGAGAGGUGAAAGGCUGCCAGGGGUUCGAGAGACAAGAUUCAAAUUCCCGCGUCAAAAAGGAACCAGAUUUUCAGUCCAAACAGGAGCAGGACUCUCACGCCAGAAUGGACCCUAGAAUUCACUCCAAAAUACAAGAAUUUCGCUCAAUAAGGGAUUAUAAAACACAACCAAAAACACACCAAGACCUAAACGACGUAAACCAGAAAGAAAAAACCCCAACAUUUGACCUAACCUCUGACCUUGACCCCCCAAUGACCCCACAACUCCACCCGCGACCUGACUGCGAUUCUGACCUUGACACGACCUUGAGCGCGGGACUGGACGAAACUGAGGAGGUGACCACUGCGCGACCUGACCCAGCGGUACUCCGAAAUCCCUUCCUGGAGAUGAGGUCGGGUCACGGAAAGCAGGUGACCUUUUCAGGCGUAGAAAACGGGUGUGUCUUCAAGAAUAACACCUUAGACAACCCAAAAAGUAGAAAGAAAAUGGGGUGUGUGUUUGUGUUGGAUAGUGGUCAGGUCAUGCAGGAUGUGAAAGAUGCGAGGUCAAAGGUCAGGUCAGUGUGUGAGGUCAGAGGAACGGAGUGUGAAGAGGUUGCGGAAAUUAGGCUGAAAAGGUCAGAUUCAAACUCAGACGCAACAGAAAACGGAGAACAGAUUCCAGAAGCUAGGCCAAAGAGGUCAGAUUUGAAUUCAAAAGCAACAGAAAACGGAGACAAACUUCCAGAAACGAAAUCUAAAAGGGUGGUUUCAAAUUCAAAAGCAACAGAAAACGGGGAGAAACUUCCGGAAUUCAAACUGAGAAGGUCGUUAUCCGAACUUAAAGGAACGGUAAACAAAAUUGAACUGAAAAGAUCCGCUUCAAAUCCGAAACCGGCCGGAAUUAGCGAAGAUAUAAUGAAAAAUAAAUUGAAUGAAAACACAAACACGAGAAAGGAGGAAAGUCAGUUAAAAAAUUCAAAUUCAAAAAUAACGGUGAAAAAAACGGACAUCUUGAAGGAAAACACAAACAUAAGACAAGAUUCACGGUCAAGAAGGUCAUAUUUAGGGGCAAUGCGUGACCUUUUAAGGGACAAGGAGAACCAAGGUCAAAGUCAUGCGGUUCCUAAUUUAAAAAAGCCUCUGGUGACUCAGAAACCUAAAGGAACGGUGCUUCAGUUUUACAAUGUUGUGUGAUUCCUUUAACUUAUUUGUGAAUGAUAUUUUGAACUUGUUAUUUAUUUAUUUUUUAUCAUUUAUUUCUAUUGGUUUUAAAUUAUUAGUUUUUUUUAUCAUUUAUUUAUCUAUUUUUAUUAUGAUUAGUUUAGUGUCUAAGUGCUUUUUUUAUCGACUUUCUAUUUUUUUAUUAUUAUUUAUCUAUUGUUAUUCCUUUAGUUUUAAUUUUUUUUAGCGCAUUUUAAAUCUAUUGCCUUUUGUGACUGGUGACACGCAAUUGGUGGCAGUGCUGGGAUAAAAAAAAUAUUAAAUGGUUGUACUGCCUCUUCCUCUCUCAUGUUAAAAAGCUGUCAAACGAAACUUUUAUUUAUUUAUUUAUUUAUUUAUUUUCACUGACGCACAAUUGAUGGCAGCGAUGGGAUACUAAAAAAAAAAAAUAAUAAUAAAAUAAAUGAGUUUCUUAUCUGUUGCAUUUUGUAAUUUCUUAAAGGUGAUUCUUAUAGUACUGUUAACGUAUUUCAGUAUUUUUUAAGUUCAUUUGUUAUUUAAUUUUGUGUUAAGUGUAUUUAUCGUUAUUCUGCGCACUCUUAAUCAUUUCAUUAUUUUUAAGGGUAUUUUUUCAUUAUUCUGCGCAGUCUGUUUAUCAUUUCAUUAUUAUCAAGUGUAUUUUUUCAUUAUUAUGCGCAGUCUGUUAAUCAUUUCAUUAUUAUCAAGUGUAUUUUUUCAUUAUUCUGCGCAGUCUGUUUAUCAUUUCAUUAUUAUCAUGUGUAUUUUUUCAUUAUUCUGCGCAGUCUUAAUCAUUUCAUUAUUAUUAAGUGUAUUUUUUCAUUAUUUUGCGCAGUCUUUAUCAUUUCAUUAUUAUCAAGUGUAUUUUUUCAUUAUUUUGCGCAGUUUCUUAGUUAAUUAUUCAAAGUCAGUUUUGAAAUACUGCGCCAUCGUUGUAUUAAAAGACUGAUUUAUAUAGUCAAUCUUAAGUCACUUUCAAAUAAGUACGAUAAUUAUAAGGCGGUUUUGAAAGUCUAGUUUUAAAAAGCUCAAUUACUUCACCAAAUAUUGUAUGUGUAUUGUUUAAUGGGGUAUUUGUAAUUUUAAGGGACUUCUAUACUUUAUUAAAGGAAAUAUAUGUAUUUUUUAAUUAAUGUAUGUCUUUUAAGGGACGAAGUUUAAGGGACGUGUAUAUGAUUUUAGGGACAAACUUAUAUUAUUAUUAUUUUUUUUUAUUUAUUUUUUUUUUUUCAGGGAUAUACACCUUUAGAUUUUAAGGAUAAUGAGGUUGUUUAUUUUAAGUAUGAAUAUUUUAAAGGGAAGUGUGUAUGUUAAAGGAAUAUACAUAUUUUAAAUAAUGAUGUGCCAGUAUUUUCUUUUUUCUUUUCUUUUCUUUUUUUAUACUAUGUGUAUUUGUUUUCAUAUUUAAGUAUUGUUCUACUUAGUUUAUUAUGGCUACUAAUUUCUUAAAGGAGUGAUUUAUUAUUUUGUGCCAUUAUUAUUAUUAUUAUUAUUAUUAUUAUUAUUAUUAUUAUUAUUAUUAUUAUUAUUAUUAUUAUUAUUAUUAUUAUUAUUAUUAUUAUCAUUAUUAUUGGUAGUGUUUUAGUGUUACGUAUUAAGUUUCUUUCAUCAUUUAUUUAUGUAAGAAAGAUCAGUGCCAUUCCUUUAUAAUUUCAACUUAUUUCCUUUAUGAAUUUUAAAAGAAUUUCCAUAAGACGUAAUUAACUUUUCUCAAUUACAUCACCUCUUUCUUAUUUCGCCGUGUCAGGGAAGCCACAGUGCAUAAGUAACACCAAAAAUAAAGCAGGAUUCCUUUAUAA